AUGGCUGCACCCCCAAAGCUCAUCACCUUCUUCCUCCUACAGGGAAGCAGCUAUUGCAUCCAGAGCACUGAACAGCUCCCCUCGGGGUACCGGGGGACGGCCGCUGUCACCCCGGGACUAAGCCCCUCCCUUCCGGGAGCCCGCGCGGAGGGGCGUGGCCCGGGGGGCUGGCAGGGCGCGCGGCGCCUGCACUUCCCACCGCUGGGGCGCGACCCAGGGAACCCGAGGAAGGCGCCCGGGGGCCGCUGCUGCCCUCAGCCUCCGCCCAGGCGUUCUCCCGGGGCACAGCUGCAGCUCCCCGCCCGACUGCCGCUGGGCAGCCUGGACUCUCGACAGCGCCGCGGCCACUCCCUGCCUGCUUUCCCAGAACGAGGACCGGGUCCCCCUCCCGGGAUGAUUCACAGCUCCUCACCUGGAGCCUCACUCGAGUGCCCUCCCUCCUCUGGCCGGCGCGGCGAUCGGGAGCGGGCGCCCUCUGCCGGGCCACCGGCCGGAGCUUCCCCGGGCUGGAGCGGGUCGGGAACAUGGAGCCCGGCCGAGCGCAGGGACUCCCGCGCCUCCCACCGCGGCCACCCACGAGAGUACGCGUCAGCGCGCCGGGACUGUCGUGGGCCGUUAUGCACGAGCUGGGCCCGACCCCGGCCCAAGAGGACCAGGGCUGUCCCUGUGCCCCGGGCCCACUGCGCGCCCCACUCGCGGGCCGGCCGGUCCAGCUCUGCUCCCCGGAGGCGUCCUCAGGAACCCACCAUUAACCGCGUGUGCAAGACCAAUCCAGGGUACAACUUUGGAGAGGGGCCAGGAGGAGCCCAGAGGACACCCACGCUCGAGGGUCCGCCUCCCCAGCCCAGCGGGUUCACCAGCUCGCCCCGACUUCCCGCACUCACCUAG